GCUGCCCCCUUCGCCCUCCCGGUCUCUGCUUUCGCCCCCAACUUCGCUCGAGUCCAACCCCCAGCUGCCACCCCGCCCAGUUGCUGUUGCGCAGCCUCCUUCCUCUAGUCUCCCCUCCUCUCCCCCUUUUGCCAUCUCCAACCUAAUCCUUCUCUUCUCGCCUGUCUGCCUGACGGAUUCCAAAGGGCUCGCUCAUUCGGGGGAAAAGCUGUUCGCAGUGACUCCCAAUCUCAUCCAUUUCUUGUCUGUUCCAGUAAUCUGUGGAAUUUUGUGUCUUUAAAGGCAAUCCAGGGUCUGGUCCUGAGCUGUCGGGGCUCCAUGUCUAAGUGGGAACCUGUCACAUUUGAGGAAUCUCUUAGCUUUGUUAAGAGGGUUAAGGCUCGUGACUACUUGUUAUACCUGUCGCUGCUCAAUGUGCUCACCCGGAGUGAUCAGAUCCCUCUGGAAGCUUACAACGAGCUUUUACUUCUUUUCCGGGAUCACGGAGAUCUGCUAGAGGAGCUAGGGAAGUUCAGACCCCUCCCCUCUUUCCCAAGCACUGUGUACAGCUACAACACAAUCUGGAUGUUCAUAUUCCUGAUGCCCUUUCUGCUCCUGAGCCUUCUCCUCGCGUUUGAGAAGCCGUUGGAUAGCUUCCUUCUCCGAUAACCUGUUGCGAGCUAAAGAUCAGCACUACGAUGAAAAUGACCAGACACGGAAUGCGUGCACGGACUGCUGUCUUGUGAUAUCCCCUCAGAGCCCAUUGCCUUAUCGGUGCUUUUGUGAUCAUGUUCAUCCUUUUGUGAUCCGCCCGCAUAACGGUGCGCGGAUAGUAUCUCUGAAUCCCUUGGAAGGACAGGCUAAAUCGAUUGUUUUGGCUUGUUCAAGACAAACUUCAGUGUACAAUUGAGAAACUAAAUGAAAGAGUUUAGUUUUACAUGCAAUAUUUUGCAAAGUAAAACUAGUUGUAGUACAUGAGUAACAGCGGAAUUGUGUAACAUAAUAGGAAAUGCUACACAUGCGACUGAUUUCCUGUUCAAUUGAUGGUAACGGCGCAGGAUGGCAAAUGUUUAAUUCA